AUGUCGUUUGACGAAUUUCACAAAGCUAACGAUACAAAACUACUGGAUGAGGUCACGAAGAUCUGCGCAGAGUUCGAAGUGAACGCCGAACAAUUGACAGAGAUGACCAGCUACUUCAUCAAGCAGAUGGAGAUCGGGCUGGCCAACAACAAUAACAACGAGGGGAUGAUCAACGGGAACAACGCCGGUCUGGCAAUGAUCCCCUCGUAUGUCACCUCGAAGCCAAACGGUACAGAGGAAGGACUGUUCAUGGCUGCCGUGCUAGGUGGGAUGAACUUCAGGAUUUGCUCUGUUCAAUUGAACGGUGAUCACACGUUCAAUAUCAAGCAAGCAAAGACUAGAAUCCCAGAAUACUUGAUGGAAGGGACAGACGCCACCAGUGACGACUUGUUUGGGUUUUUGGCUCGUAGAACAAGCGCAUUCAUUAAUAAAUUCCAUUCCGAUAUCAUGAAACCAGACACUCCGUUGAAACUGGGGUUCACGUUCUCGUACCCUGUGGAUCAGGAAUCGUUAAACUCGGGGACGUUGAUUAGAUGGACAAAAGGUCUAAAUAUCCCAGAUACGGUAGGCAGAGACGUGGUCCAAUUGUACCAGGAACAGUUGACUAUCGUGGGAUUAAACAUGGUCAAUGUCGUCGCCUUGACGAACGACACAAUCGGGACGUUCUUGUCCCUAUGUUACGCUCAAGGUGUCACCGCGGAUGGGCAAGUCACAGGCGAGAUUAGCGAACCGGUCAUUGGUUGUAUCUUCGGUACUGGUACUAACGGUUGCUACAUGGAAAAGAUCGAAAACAUUAAGAAAUUACCAGAUUAUAUUAGAGAGAGACUGAUCCACGAGGGGAAGACGGAAAUGUGUAUCAAUAUCGAGUGGGGGUCCUUUGAUAAUGACAAUCAAGUACUGCCUACCACUCGUUACGAUAUCGAUAUCGAUAAGAAAUACGCUAGAAAUGGGGGUCAAUUGUUCGAGAAACGUGUCUCGGGGAUGUUUUUAGGGGAAAUCUUAAGAAACGUCCUGGUAGACUUGCAUACAAGAGGGCUGAUCUUGACACAAUUUAGAAAACACGAACAAUUGCCACAUAGAUUGAAGACUCCCUUCCAAUUGUCAAGCGAAGUCCUGGCAAGAAUCGAAAUCGACGACUCCUCCACGCUAAGAGAAACCGAACUAUCGUUCUUACAAUCAUUGAGAUUGCCAACAACGUUAGCAGAACGUAAAGCCAUCCAAUCCUUGGUGAGAGUCAUCUCGAGAAGAUCGGCUUACUUGGCCUCCGUCCCCAUCGCUGCCAUCCUAAUCAAGACCGGUGCUUUGAACAAGAAGUAUCAUGGGGAAGUUACCGUCGGUUACGACGGGUCCAUCAUCGAAUUGUACCCAGGUUUCAAAUCAAUGAUGAGACAAGCCUUGGCAAUGGGCCCAAUCGGAGCCGAGGGUGAAAGAAAGACACAUUUCGUGCAUUCAAAGGAUAGUGGUUCUGCCGGUGGUGCUCUUUGCGCAUUGGUCGCUUAA